AUGGCAUGCAGCAUGUACAACGCGGUACGCUCAUUAAAUCAGUGCGCGAUAGGCAACUACAAACGGGUGAGUGAUCAUAAUCAGGCCAUAACCGCACGUAACACCAUACUGUCUUCAUUUUACGUGGACGAUUUUCUCACAAGCUGUGCUGAUACUCAGGAAGCAAUUACUUUGGCGAAUGCGGUGGAUACGAUCCUAUCAUCUGGAUGCUUCAGACUACUUAAGAGGCAUUCGAACAAGUCAGUGGUCCUUCAGCAUUUCAUGGACUCCCCAUUACCUGGGGAGCGAGACAUCGACGCCCCUAUAGAAUCCGUGCGUGGUCUACGUUGGGAUCCAGUUACAGACGAUUUGCUCUUCAAGGUCGCGGUAAACCAACAUAGCGGUCUGCUGACUAAGCGACAGGCGUUAAGCGAAGUAGCCCAACUAUUCGACCCAACGGGGUUUUUGGCACCGGUAGUGAUUUCCGGCAAAAUUUUCAUCCAGACGCUUUGGUCGGCGGGUAUUUCUUGGGAUGAACCCCUCCCCAGCGACCUAUAUGAAGCUUGGAUUAAAUUUCGCAGUAGUCUUCCUACACUCAAUAGCGUACGUGUACCUCGAUGGCUGGGUAUGAAUGCAACCGAACGUACAACGCUCUGUGGAUUUUGCGAUGCCAGUCAGAAGGCCUACGCUGCGGUGGUGUAUACGCAUACCAUUAAGGCUGAUGGCCUUUCGCGCGUAUCUCUCCUCACCGCACGGACCAAAGUUGCACCGUUAAGGGGUGCUACAAUACCCAGACUUGAACUCUGUGCAGCACUUUUAUUGGCAAAAACGAUUUCCGACGCUAGGGUAGCGUUAAACUUAGUAGACUCCGCCUUCCACCUCUGGUCGGACUCAACAAUUGCCCUCUGCUGGAUGCGCAAGCAACCCUCGAUCCUCAGACCCUAUGUUGCUAACCGGGUCCGCCAAAUACAGGAACUCACCGCCAUCGAUCAUUGGCACUACCUACGGUCGGCACAGAAUCCGGCUGAUUGCGCAAGCCGUGGUUUAACCUCGUCAGAGAUUUUGGUCCAUGAUUUAUGGUGGGAAGGCCCGGCUUGGUUGCGGGAGAAGCAAACAUUGUUUGAUCCAGAACCGGUAUUAAGGGACGAGGAGCGCACCACUGUACAAAGUGAGGAGAAGCUCACUGAAGAAACUCGUUCGAACUACAGCUUUAAUUCGGCGUUGAUUACCAAAGCAACGGCCGUUCCGACAAGGUGUAGGGACCACCCCGGAGAUGGACGCUGCCUUAUAAGCGCUAAUACGUAUCGAUCAAGGGAUAUAAGCUGUUUACGUGAGAGAACAACGCUGCCCAACUCCAGUCCAUUGGUACCAUUCAAUCCCUAUUUGGAUGAUUAUGAUAUCGUUAGAGUCGGCGGCCGCAUUAAAAAUUCGGCAUUAUUAGAAACGCAACGUCACCCAAUAAUAUUGCCGAAGGUAAGCGAUUUGGUUGGACUUCUUAUACAGCAAGUUCACAUGGAAACACUCUACGGCGGUGCUUAG